UCACACCAGCGCACGGCCCGCGGCGCCUUCACGCGCUGCCGUUUUGUUUAUGCGGAGCGAGGGCAGCCGGGGUGCGAAGGUCUGCAAGCACAGCGGGCCGCGAGGACUAGAUAAAGCCCGGCUGCGACACCGGAGCGAUCGCGCUGCCAUGGACACCGCGGAGAACGCCGAGAGCGCGCACAGCCCCGCGCUCCCACCCCCGCGCAAUCUCUGCCCGCCGCCAGCGCCGCCCGGGUACCUAUCAGCCGGGACUCACCCUCUCUCCGUGCCCGCUGCCCGCGGAGCCAGAGGACCGCCUGGCCCCGGCUCAUCCCCAAGCACCCUUCACCUCAGCCCUCGCCCUGUGCCCGCUGCCCUUGCCGUGUUCGGUCCUGGUUGUGUGCUGUGGCCGGGCUGGCUGUGUGCUGUGGCCGGGCUCACGUUCUUUACGCGCGGUUUGCGCUUGCCAUCCUGCAGGUCCGAGGGCUUCUGGAGACCUUGGCUUCGAACCCCCGAAGAGAAAGAGAAGCGGGAGGAGCCCCGUGCUGCAGACACGUUGCCCAGUGGCCCUGGAGUGACAGAAGCCUCGGGAAAGCUUUCUCAAUACCAACACCCUGUCAGACUGUUCUGGCCCAAGUCCAAGUGUUACGAUUACUUAUAUCAAGAAGCAGAGACUCUCCUGAAAAACUUCCCAAUUCAAGCUACAAUUUCAUUUUAUGAAGAUUCUGAUAGUGAAAAUGAAAUUGAGGGGCUGGCCUGUGAAAAUUAAUCUAAUUAGUUACUUCUAAUGACAGUUGAGCUGGGUAGGACUUGAAUUUUUUGUAUAAAUGUAUCAUAAACUUUUAAAAGUUAUUUAUUUGUAUAUAAAUUGUUAAUAAAACUAUUUUGUAAUCAC